AUGGAUACCCAAGGCUUUGGGAUGACCACUCCAGCGACAGUGGGAGGAAAAAUCUUCCUGAUCUUUUAUGGCCUCAUUGGCUGCGCGAGCACCAUCCUGUUCUUCAACCUCUUCCUGGAGCGGCUGAUCACCGUCAUCGCCUGCAUCAUGAAGUCGUGCCACCAGCGGCAGCUCCGGCGCCAGGGCGCCGUGCCCGCCGCGGGCCCGCGGAGCGCGGGGCGGUGCUGGAAGCCCUCGGUGUACUACGUCAUGCUGAUCCUGGGCCUGGCCUCCCUGCUCGUCUCCUGCUGCGCCUCGGCCAUGUACACCUGCAUCGAGGGCUGGAGCUACUUCGACUCCCUGUACUUCUGCUUCGUGGCCUUCAGCACCAUCGGCUUCGGGGACCUCGUCAGCAGCCAGAACGCCACGUACCAGGGCCAGGGCCUCUACCGCUUCGCCAACUUCGCCUUCAUCCUCACGGGCGUCUGCUGCAUCUACUCCCUGUUCAAUGUCAUCUCCCUCCUCAUCAAGCAGUCCGUGAACUGGAUCCUGAGGAAAAUGGACGGCGGGUGCUGCCAGCAGUGCCAGGGUGGCCUCCCGGGGUCCCGGAGGAACGCGGUCGUGCCGGGCAGCCUCUCCAUAGAGACGGGCGGGGUGACGGAGAGCCCCGCGGGCGGGCGGCGACCCCCGGUCAGGCGGCGUCCCUCGGAGGAGAUGAUCUCCAUGAAGGACUUCCUCACGGCCAACAAGGUCUCGCUGGCCAUCCUCCAGAAGCAGCUGUCGGAGUCGGUCAAUGGCUGCCCACACCAGGCAGGCCCGCAGCCUCAGGACAAUGAAUUCUCAGGGGGGGUGGGAGCCUUUGCCAUCAUGAACAACAGGCUGGCGGAGACAAGUGGGGACAGGUAGGAUUGGGGAGGCCAAGGGAGAGUGGCCGCCAGAGGACUGUCGCCCAGCUCAGGCCUGCCCGUGGCAGGGUCCACUCUGGGGCCGUCCCUUCGGGCUUCCUUAGAAAUCUCAUGUUUUGAGCUCCAACGGCCAGCUUUCAGGGCUACGGGAAGCUGAGGCCUUGAUGCCUUUCUCCUUAUGUUCAUGCUUUACAUUUAAAUUCAGUCUUUUAAAAACUAAUCACAAAGCAGCCCAAGACUGCGAGCUUGCUCCUUUGCUCGCGUCCUGCUCCAGGGUUCUAACGGCCUGGAGGGGUGGGGCGUGGGGUCAGUAAGCCUUGAUUUCC